AAUUACAGUGAUAAACAAUAAAAAUGAUAGAAAAAUUAUAAGUUUUAUAUUAAAUUUCAGAGAUGUAGGCUUGCACGGAGCCCACGUGGUUCAGCUACCAAUGACUGGACCACCAGACGUAUGCUGUGCCAUCACUAACAGCUGGAUCGGAGUAUGUACUAUACUCUUGCUCACCACUACAACUGUUAUCACCGGAUAUGUUCUUAGAAAGCGAAGAUCUUCCAUACUGAAGAGCCAACGAGCACCGCGCACUCCACUGACAGAGCUGGAGCUCAAUGUGGCCACGCCUCCCGACACCACCAAGAGCCGACGCGUCAGCUUUUCGCGUCGCACCGGAGUAGCAGAAUUUAUAACUGAUGAAGCAACAAACACAUGGAAGACUAUUUACGUAGAGCAAAAUAAAUCAAUGGAGUCAUCAUUUAAUGACUCUGCAAAGAAUCCACCAAAACAAACGGUAGGACAUUUGGGCAAGAGGAUAUUUGAUCAGCAAUUCCAAGAAGAAGAAUUUUAUAAUUUUGGUAGCGUUAUAACAUCAAACAAUCCUAUAGCACAGGAAUUGAACAUGUCUUUACGAGGAAAUUUAACUCAACAGUUUGCAGCACUUGAAAGAGACUUUGAUGAGAAAAAACUUGCAGCUCCACAAACUAAUUUUGAAUUAAGUUCCCUUACAGAUCACAAGAGUAAGAUCUUUGUAGAUGAUCUCACAAAUCCAACGCUGGGCGAGAUGUCCAAUAAGAUUAAUAUUAAUUUCUCAUCUCUAGAGCCGGUUGGCGCAGCACAAAAUAAAUGUUACGAUUUAGAUGAAAUAGAAAAGGAUCUGUUAAUACCUCGAACCAAUUCAAAUCGACCUUUUGGUACAAUGACCGAUGUUUCGGAACAGAUUGAAUUUGAUAUUAAUACGAAUCCGAUUGGGUUGAGGAGCGAAGAGUUUGACAUGUCAAUAACAGAUACUGUACACAAUCCGCAAGUCGAAGAAGUAUUGCACAAUUACAAAUCAACAAAAAACGAUAGGAAAUCUAAUAUGGACGACGAUUGGACAUUAGAUAAAGAGAACAUAGUUGUUAAUCCUUAUGUAGCUCCUAAAGAAAGUGUUAAUUUUGCUAUAAAUGAAGUACCCGAUCAAGUAUUAGUGUUUGAUGGGAAAAGAUUAACCAUUCAAUCGGAACAUAAAAAUCCUUUUGACCAUAAUCGAGAAGAAAAUGAUUUUAACAAAACUUUAUUGCCUAAUGAGAUAUCCGAACGACCUCCACAAAGAAAAACGAUUGAUCUUAAUUUAAAUGAUGAUCUGCCUAAUUUUAUUGAUGUACCCGCAGCAUCCGGUGUGACCUCAGUUGGGAACAAUAUUACAACGAGUAAUGAACAGCAACAAAGACAUAACGAAAUCAAUUUUCAAACCAACAAAAGUGAUUUGUCAAAUUUACGUAAAACCAUAAUUUAUGAUAGCAGUGAUAUUGCUAAUAUUUCUGUAACGCAAGCUAUUAUUACAAACAUCCUUUUAGAAAAAGAAAAAAGAAAAACGAUUGUCUUUGAAAAUGAUAAUGGAGAUUUAUCUAUGACUCAAGCGUUGCCCUCUAAUGUUCUAGCGGCAAGUAAAAUUGUCCCACAAAAUAAAACUGUUCUUUACGAUGUAGAUAAUAUUUCAAUAACCCAAGCUGUGCCCACGAACUUAUUAUUGCUUAAUAAAUCUAUCGCUACUAGCAAAUCUGUAGCAACAUCUCAAAGUGAUUUCGACUUAUCUUUUACACAAGCUAUUCCACACAAUAUUCUGUUACCAAAUAAAUCGAACAGAUCUAAUAAAAGGAAUACAAUCGUUUUUGACAAUGAUAAAGCUGACAUUUCAAUAACUAGAGUUUUACCAUCAAAUAUACUUAUUUCUGACAUAAUUAAAAAUAAUAUUCCAAAUGAAAAUGCAGAUGUACAAAAUGUAUCAGAAAUUAUCAGCGCUACUAAAGAAAAUGUAAAAUUACAAAGUAACACAAUAUUAGGUGACAAAAAAGGUUUUCAAGAUCAUUCUAACAUGUCCGAAACUUUAAUGUUAUCUUUAAAUGUUAUACCAAACAAUGAUACCAACGGUGAUAACACGCAAAAAAGAGUUGGAAGACUAUCAUGUAAAAGUGAUAACUUUAUCACCAAUAUGUCAAUAACUGAAUCAGUUCCCAAUGAUAUUUUACUUGUCGAUAAUCCUGUCACCGAAACACAAAUAUGUGACGAUGUCAUUAAUUCCGAUAUAUCAAUGACACAAGCUCUACCAUCAAAGAUAAUUUUACAACAGAAAGAAAUUUUAGCACAAAAAGAAAUAGUUUCUACACACGAACCUGCUGAGGUGGUGCCAAACAAUAUAAAUAAGAUCAACAGCACUAACGAUCUCAAAAAUAUAACAACAUCUGAACAAAUAUCCAGAAAGAGUCUUUGUCAGUAUUCAGACAGACAUGACAUAGUUCAGGAACCUUCAGUAAGAGUGGAACAAUCCAAAAGUUAUGCUGAUAUGUCCAUGACUCAAGUAUUACAACCUGGUGAAGUUACACGUAAAAGUAUUUGUAGAAGGGGCACUAUAGUUUUCGAUAACGAUGAAAUGGGUGACAUAUCUGUCACUCGUGUUAUUCCAACAAAUAUUUUAUUAAAUGAAAUAAAAUCUAAUAGAGACAAUACAUUACUAAUAUAUGAAAACGUAAACAGUGAUGCAUUGUCGUCUGUAUCAGCGAGCGAAGGUAUGCUGACAAAAUCUGAAGAAAAUGUGCCGUCAAACAUCUCAUAUGCGGAUAUCCCAGCGCCAACAGAAACUACUCUUAGUAAUAAAAAUCAAAUUGACGAUAGAAGGAUAUACAGAAAUUCAAUAGCAUCAAGAACAAUACAACAAGCUAAGGAGGAAUUACAGAAAAGUAUAGUCGAAACCAAUAACGUGAACAAAGAUAUGUCCAUCGAUAACAUGUACCACGACCACACAAAGCCUCUUUCCGAACAAGAUGAGACUUUACUUAAAUCUAUGAAUUACAUUGAUUCCGUUGAUCAAAAAAUAGAAACGCAUAGUCUCAAAUCAAUCCCAGAGCAUAAACAUAAAGACGUGUUCGUAUAUCAAGCUGCAACAACACAUAAUGUUUCUAAGCAACAAGGAUUAAAAACCGAACAGGGUGAUGUCAAUAACGAUAGAACUAUGAAUACAUAUGAAGAAAAUACAUCGAGAAAGUCAAACGCGGGCAAAGAAAGCGAAGUAAGUUUGUUGAUACACGAUGUGUCACAUUAUAGAGAUGACACAAAAACGACAGAUGUCCCGCCAUCAAAACAAAACCAUAAAACAUCAAUACUAGCUGAACUAUUGAACAUGUCAGGUGAAUCUUUAAACAUGUCAGUCGAUGGGAUGGAUGAUAAAAAUGUAAUGGUAGGUCUAGAAUCUGAACUCGCCUUAGAAAAACUCGCCCAAGAUCGUAUUACAGACGAACCAAAAGUAGAGUUGACAAAAUCGAUCGAGUGCACAUCAGAGGAAGCAGAGAAGACUCCUGCUUUAAAGGAAGACCUGACCAAGCAACCGAGUUAUGAUGCAAAUCAGAAAGAAAUUCGAAGCUGCAUAAUACAAGCAGAAAAUAUUCAUCGACCGCCAUUAAGUUUGACUUAUGAACAAGAGAAUGAACCACAAAAUAAAGAGAAGAUUGUAAGUUCUAAUUCUGAUAACAAAAGUGAUGAAAAUAGUAUGAAAGAAGUCAACAACGAAAUCGAUGCCGAGGACAAGUGGCUAAAAGAGGCCGAUGAUACUAAAGAACUUCUAGAAAUGUUGACGGAUUUCACAGAUAAAACUAUAACCAACCAACCGGAGCUUGAUUCAAGUAAAUCAUCAAAAGAAAUUAUCGAUGUUCCCUUUGAAACGCAAGAAAAAACUGACAUAGUAACUAGCGACAGUAAAGAAAGUUGUGAUAAACUGCAGAAUGAUAUUGAAGUACCGAAGUCGUCGCAAGAAGCGAUGGAAGGCAUCGAGAGUGAAGAAUUUUACACUAAAGAUGUGACAGACGAAGACACAGAUGAGGUUAUGUAUAAAGAGGCUAAUCUGCGUCGCAAGUCAGGUCACGUGAGCAGGGAAGUCGUGAAGACAUUGCAGUUCGACGAAUCUAAUGAUGAAAUAAAAUGCAACUCAAACUCAAGUCCCUUAAAAAAGACUGCUCCUGUCGAUAUCUCUGCAUCGAAGGAUAGCAAAGCGAAAGUCAUCCCGACUUUCUUGAAUGAUGUCCCUGAUAGUCUCAAGUCCCUGAUGCAGGAUCUGGUGAAGCCGUCCGCGGAUCUGAUGCCCUUCCACGUGCCCGGAGUUGAGAAGAUAAAUAGAAAAUCUACCACGUCCGUUAACAAAGAAUUGCAGGCGAACAUAAUUACAUCUAGUCAAAUAGAUAUUAUUGACAUUAAUUCAUGUCCCGUAUCGGAAUCCAACAUAAUUCUAGCUCGCCGACACGAGGACGAAGAUGUUGAACUUACUGCUACCGACGUCGCCACGUCAGUCGAUUCCGAUGUCGACUGCCAUGUGCACAUCGGCGAGAAAAAACCUAAACAGGUUUUAGUAUUUGACCACAAGAAUCCUUUAAAUAAUGUAAUUUUAUGUCCAUCGGGUAAGACAGAUAUACACAAAUAUUCCCCUACAAAAUCAGAGCCACUCAAAUCCGGACAUGGAAAAGACAACUUGAAAACAUCGCCACGGACCUCCUUUUUAGAAGAGACAUUAAAAGAAGCCAUGGAAAUUCAAAGAGUUUCCACUCAUUACAAUAUCGAGACGAAUAAUGUUCAUGUAGAUAAACAAUAUAAUAAUACAAUACUUGAACAUUUGGAUGAAUCCUUGGAUAACAUCGGGGGUACAGAAAUUUUCUUAGACACGCAGAAUGAUCGACAUCCCAUCACAACUACAGAGGUUAACACUUUGAUAUCCAUGAAAUGCAACAAAGACCUCCUGCAAGCGAGCUCAUCUCUGACGCUAGUAGACGAGGAAACUGACAGUGGAAAGAAAAAUAAAUCACCCGUCAAGUCGCCGAGGACUUCGCCCGUCAAAGUUAUAUUCAAACUGAACGAUGCCGAGAACGAUAACGUUGAAUCGAGUUUCGAAUUGAGCGACGUGGAUUCCAACAGAGCCCAGAAGAGGAACUACCACCGCGCCAAGUACGACCAGUACAAGGUGUGCACCGACGUCACACCCAAACCACUCAGCAAGAUGCAAAAGUUGUCCUCGAGUCCGAGACGGGUCGUAGAAAAUUAUAAGACGGAAGCAAAUAAAUCCUUCAAUAAGACGUUUAAGAAUGAGUCGCCAAAGAGAUGUGUUAAAUCGAACAUUCUGAACAAUACCAAACCUAAAGUGCGGACUACGACAAUAGUACAGCACGUCACGGUAUGCAAAAUUAACGAGGAAGAGAAAGGAAAACUUCUACACCGAGUUGACGAUUUAGAAUCGAGUUCCGGUAGUACGCUGAAGACCGAGACGAUAUCGCGUAAGGAUCUGAAGGAUUGCACCAGCACGGAGCUGACGUCUUUUACUAGCAGUAACGGGAUGAAGGAGAUGGAGUACAUGCCGAGCCUGGUGACGGUGUCGGGCUCGCAGGAGACUGUCGGCGCGCGCAGCGACCACACCGACACCGACGACUGCAGCGAAGUUAUGAGCCAGAUUGAAUCUCUCUCCUUCAUGGGCAGUAAGGAGUGCGAGUGUGAGGGGUGCGAGCCGGACGCGUGGCGUUUCCUGCUGUUGCGCCGGCGGCUGCGACUGACGGUGCGCGUGGCGCGUGACGUCACAGACUUGUCGCCCCCCGCGCCCCCCACACGCCCCGACGCACCCCUUAUCAGCAUCACCAUAGAGCCAGUAUAUCAAGGUAACACAUAUUCUACCCAUACAAAAAUUACGCAGUUUCGCUACAUAAUAAUUUCCGUAUUUCCAGAGUCGGAUCCGGUGGCGUGCGCUAGUGUGCGGCUGGCGAGCGAGGCGAUGCGGUACGAGUGUGUGCGGUGCGGCGGCGGCGGGGGGCGCGGCGUGGGCGCGCUGCUGCGUCGAUGCGUGGGCGUGGGGCGCGCCGCCGCACGCUGGGCGCGACUCAUGGCCGAUGCCCGCGCCCACCUCGCCUUCACGCUUACACACUGCGGCAAGAUACUACUCAACGUGGCGAACUUCCACAUGCGGCGCGUGUGGCAAGUGACGCUGCGCAUCGAGCUGGUUGUAGAGGACGCUCGAGAGCUGGCGUGGCCGCGUGCUUGUCACGUCACGGUGCGCGACGUGACACCGGGUGCGGGGGGUACGACAGGCGCGGGGGGCUCGCCCGCCGGUGAUGACACGGUUGCGCCCCCCGCACCCGACGUGCGCCGCGUGCUGGCUCGCGUGCCGCACGACUGGGGACACGUGCCGAGGACGAUAUGGAAAGUCUUCAGACAUCUUAAGAACAAAACAGAGGAUGAUGAACAUUUUUGGCCUCCGCAAAGUCGAUGACAUUACACGAUAACAUUCAAAUUGUUGGACUGAUUUUAAUUAA